GCUGGUGGUAAAGCUGGAAAAGAUUCUGGUAAGGCGAAAGCCAAGGCGAUUUCCCGUUCGCACAGGGCAGGCUUACAGUUUCCCGUUGGUCGUAUCCACCGUCACUUAAAGACAAGGACUACUAGCCAUGGGCGCGUAGGCGCUACCGCUGCAGUGUACUCUGCUGCCAUUCUUGAAUACCUGACUGCUGAGGUCCUCGAACUUGCUGGCAAUGCCAGUAAAGACUUGAAGGUGAAGCGUAUCACACCAAGGCAUCUGCAACUAGCAAUUCGGGGGGAUGAGGAGCUUGACACCUUGAUUAAGGCAACAAUUGCGGGUGGUGGUGUGAUUCCUCAUAUCCACAAGUCACUCAUUGGCAAGAAGCUGCCUCCUACUAAACCAAUCUAG